AUGGGAACUUGUCAGGCUAAUUGUUGUAACAAAGAUUUUGAGUAUGGUUUGAGAACACAUUAAAAGAGUGAAAGUAAUGCUGAUGAAGGCAAUCCUGAAUUUGAGGAUUCAAAAAUAAAGGAAUCACAUAAUUCAAUAUAGAAGGACAGGGAUAAAUUUCAAGAAGAUCGUAUGCAAGACGAUCAAAAAUUAAAUUUAAAGAAAGAUAAACCAAAAGAUUCCAGUAGUGUGAAUAAUGAUAAGGAUGAUAAUAAAGGAAGAGCUCAAAACAAAGAAACAAGUUAUAAAGUUCAAGAGUAUAAGACACCUUUUCCUGAAUCAAAAGAGUAAGAGAGCAAGGGUCAUACAGAUAAAUAGGAGGCGCAGGAUAAAGCAAGUAAGAACUCUGUUUUUUCUAAGAAGAAGAAUUAGAAUUUAGAGUAUAAUUAAAAGGUGUUGAAUACUGAUUAAGAUGAGACAAUGAGUGAUGUGAGAGUAAAGUUGGGAGCUAAGACUCUUGACAAAGGAGCAGUUUAUGAGGGGGAAUGGUUGAAGGGGAAACGAGAUGGGACUGGGAAACAAGUUUGGCCUGAUGGGUCAAUAUAUGAGGGAGAAUGGGUAGAAGGUCGAUGUUGUGGGAAGGGAAAGUUAAUCCAUGGAGAUGGAGACAUAUAUGAAGGAGAUUGGCUGGAUGAUAAAGCACAUGGAAUAGGAGUGUAUUUACACAUUAAUGGAGCUCGAUAUGAAGGACAAUGGUUUAACGAUAAGCAAUAGGGCAAGGGUUUGGAGACAUGGCCAGAUGGGGCUCAUUAUGAGGGAGAGUAUCAUGAGGGGAGGAAGGAGGGUCAUGGAACUCUUCAUUUUGCUGAUGGGUCAAAAUAUACAGGGUUUUUUGCUAAUAAUGAGAUACAUGGAUAUGGGAUAUAUGAAUGGUAGGAUGGGAGAGUCUACAAGGGGAAUUGGAAACAAAACAAAAUGAACGGAGUGGGUGAAAUAAAGUGGAGUGACGGUCGAUAAUUCAUUGGAAAUUACUAAGAAGAUUUGAAGCAUGGGAGAGGAUAGUUUUUGUGGCCUGACGGUAGAAGAUAUGUUGGCAACUGGGUUUAUGGUAAGUAGGAAGGUUAUGGGGCUUAUUACUUGCCAAAUCAACCAGCAAAAUAUGGAAUUUGCACAAUGGUUGGAGAAUGA